AUGUAUAUACAUAUACAUAUAUAUAUGUAUAUAUAAAUAUAUAUGUAUAUUGAUGUAUAUAUGUGUGAGGAGGCAAGGACACACUGCACAGAGCAUCCUCUGUUCUCUUAAGGAAGGACACCAGGACCUCCUCUUCCUCCUUUUCUUCUUCUUAUUGUGUUUUCCAUCUUUCCUUGGAGACAUGGAUCUAUGCCUGGACCCGCCGCGGAUUUGCCGGGGCUGGCGGCUUUUCCCCAUCCUCCUGCUCCUCACCCUCCUCUUUCGGGACCACCUGAGCUCCAUGCUGGACUGCCCGCCGACGUGCAGCUGCUCGCCCACCGAGAUCUAUUGCAAUAAGUCGGACAGCGGCCGCUUCUUCCCGCUGUUGGCGGUGCAGGAUGGAGCCGGAGCCAAUGGCAGCGGAGCUGUGGACAUAGCUGACUUGUUCAAAAACAUGUGAUCCAUACACAUCGAGAACUGGACGGGACUGCAGACGCUACGGGAUGUGGACAUGGAACUCUACACUGGACUGCAGAGACUCACCAUCAUGAAUUGCAACCUGAGGGUGAUCCAGCCCCGAGCCUUUGCGCAGAAUCCACACCUACGCUACAUAAACCUGUCGAAGAAUCCUCUUAGCACUUUGUCCUGGCAGCUCUUCAAGCACCUUCAACUUGCCGAGCUGCGCCUGGACGGCGUAGUGUUCGACUGCGGCUGCAACAUCCGCUGGAUCCAGCUGUGGCAGGAGCGAGGCGAGGCCGGCCUUCACACGCAACAGCUGUACUGUAGGAGCGGAGCCUCCAAGAUGAAGCUGCACCACAUGUACAUACCAAACUGUGGUGUGUGUGUGUGUGUGUGUGUGUGUGUGUGUGUGUGUGUGUGUGUGUGUUUUCAGUCCAAUGUUUACUGGCCCGACAUCCACUCCAUCAACCUGACACUGUUCAACAUCAGCCGCGACGACAACAACUUCCAGCUGACGUGCAUCGCUGAAAACGUGGUGGGCAUGACCAACUCGUCCAUCCAGCUCAACGUGCAGUUUCCCCCAGUCAUCCUUCGCCUGGCCGAGCCCGAGCAACGCCACGAUACUUGCAUUGAGUUCACGGUGCGAGGGUACCCGCACCCAAAGCUGCGCUGGUUCCACAAAAAUAAAGAGAUCCUGCACAACCAGUACAUCCGCACCGAGAUGGACUUCUACCAGGACUACCUGGAAGGCUGCUUGACCUUCCAGAACCCCACACACAUCAACAACGGCAACUACACCCUGGAGGCCAGCAACUCGCUUGGGACGGUGAACAAGACGGUGUACGGACACUUCCUCAUGGCGCCCGGCAUUGAUGACGAAGUGCCCUCUGCGCCCACAGACUCGGAUUCGGGCCGCCCGGACGAGGACACGUUUGGGGUCUCUAUCGCGGUGGGCCUGGCGGGCUUUGCCUGCGUCCUCCUCCUCGUCCUUUUCGUGCUCAUCAACAAAUACGGACGACGCUCCAAAUUUGGCAUGAAAGGUCCGGUGGCGGUGAUCAGCGGCGAGGAAGACUCAGCCAGCCCUCUUCACCAUGUCAACCACGGGAUUAUCACGCCGUGCACGCUGGACGCGGGACCGGACGCUGUCGUCAUCGGGAUGACUCGCAUCCCCGUGGUGGAGAACCCGCAAUAUUUCCGACACGGACACAACUGCAACAAGCCGGCCACCCUGGUGCAGCAUAUUAAGCGCCGAGACAUCAUCCUUAAGCGAGAGCUCGGCGAGGGAGCCUUCGGAAAAGUCUUCCUGGCCGAGUGUUACAACUUGAGUCCCACCAAGGACAAGAUGCUGGUGGCUGUCAAGACACUGAAAGAUCCUAACCUGUCGGCAAGGAAGGACUUCCAGAGGGAGGCUGAGCUGCUGACCAACCUGCAGCACGACCACAUCGUCAAGUUCUACGGCGUUUGCGUGGACGGCGACCCCCUUAUCAUGGUCUUUGAGUACAUGAAGCAUGGAGACCUCAACAAGUUCCUCAGAGCCCACGGCCCAGACGCCAUGAUACUCGUGGAUGGCCAGCCGCUCCAGUCCAAUGGUGAGCUGGGCCUCUCCCAGAUGCUGCACAUCGCCUCCCAAAUUGCAUCGGGCAUGGUCUACUUGGCCUCGCAGCACUUCGUCCACCGGGACCUGGCUACUCGCAACUGCCUGGUGGGCAACGGCCUCCUAGUCAAGAUCGGCGACUUCGGCAUGUCAAGGGAUAUCUACAGCAGCGACUACUACAGGGUCGGAGGACACACCAUGCUACCCAUCCGCUGGAUGCCUCCCGAGAGCAUCAUGUACAGGAAGUUCUCCACAGAGAGCGACGUGUGGAGCUUCGGCGUCAUUUUAUGGGAGAUCUUCACAUACGGCAAGCAGCCUUGGUUUCAGCUGGGUAACAACGAGGUCAUCGACUGCAUCACUCAGGGCCGCGUGUUGGACCGGCCCCGCGUUUGCCCCAAGGAGGUGUACGAUAUCAUGCUCGGCUGCUGGCAGCGGGAGCCGCAGCAGCGACUCAACAUCAAGGACAUCCAGAAGGUCCUGUUCGCCAUGGGGAAGGCCACGCCCGUCUACCUAGAUAUCCUGGGCUAGAGACCGAGCCAGUACGGGAAUAGCCAAACCCCCCCCAGCCCCCUGCGUCACUGUCGAGGAAAACCACCUACAAUGUUUGGGAAGGACUUAAGUGCCUGCAACACUUUUGGAUAUAGUGGAUAAAAUAUAAAAACAAAAACAAAAAACCAACAACAAAAACACGCACUUUUACAUUCUGUUUACUUGCUGUACAGGUUUAAAGACUUUUUCUUUCCCCGCGGAAAAAAAAAAACAACCGAAAUAUUGAGAUUGACGACAACAAAGGGCCACAGUUUGAUAAGAAGAGUUAGAAUCCAUCUUGGCAUUUGGUUUUAUGAAUAUAUAUGGAAAUGUUACAUAUAUUUUAUAUUUAUUUCUUUUCUUUUUUUUUUUUUUUCUUUUUUGUCGCGUUUCCGACAGGGCACCGCCCGCCCCGCCCGAGACACCGACGACCAAAACUGUUUAGACUUUUAAAAAGGAUGGAAGCCUUACUUUGCACUCUGAUUGGCUGGAGCACGACGCGAUUUUAACAUGCAGCUGAGGCAGCAGGCGAAGGAGAGAACCGAUCAGACAAACAGACAAAUCUAUUUUAAUUUAAACAGGAAAAACAAAAAGAGAAUGUACAUAUUGUAAAGUUCUACGUGUCAAAAGUUAUGUUAACUUAUUUUUUGCCAACUUUUAUUCCCCCCCAAUUCCUUUUUUCUGACUGUGAUCUGGGUGGCUCGCGAUUGGUGACGGUAAAAGCCACAAAGAAAGACUUUGGCGUCGCGCCGCCUCACCGCUACACUUUGCUUGGAAAAUAGCAUUCCUGCCGCCCGUGUGUUCACGCACACGAAGUCGUUUUUAGAGGGGGGAAAGCAGCUUUUUGAACCAGAGUAUUGCAGGUGUUCUCCCCCCUCUCCCCCACCCCGCCCCCCUUGCAAGGAAACUCACAGAAGAAACUUUAAAGUUUAAUAAUUCAAGGUUUUCUUUCUUUGCUUAUGUGCUUUCUUGCCGGGAGUUAGCCGAGACGCUCGCUAUCGUGUUCAAGGGGAAAGUCACAAUUCAAGCGAGAGGCUCAAUAUAGCUCGGAAACAGGCUUAAGCAAAAACAUGGCGUAUUGACGCACAUGGUGACCGCAGCGUCAAGAGGGGAGUUAUGACUCUCGUUACAUCGAUACAUUGACACAUUUUUGCCAGCGGGAGGCUCCUAGUUUGCGGUAUUCAGUGAAAAUGUGGGGAUGAUGCGUCAUCAAACUUCACUGGCAUCCCCUGCCCAAAAUGGGCUGACUUCCUGUGUCUUUGUGGGCAUGACUUUUUUUUUUUUUUUUUUUGUGGGUCUGCUCGUGGUAGAAAUGUCCAAAUGUCAAUGGCCUUCGAGCUGAGUUUUUAUUGUUUUAUUUGACCUUGUGGUGUGGAGAGUUUCGUGGUUUUGUGUGAAUCGUCCCAACUUUGCUGCCAAACUCUGCACACAGGCAACAACAAAAACAUCCCACACAAUUUAGCGUCACCCAUCUGAAACUGGCUUUGGGAGCAAAAUUUUUCCAAAAUCUGGUGGACCAUGAUACUUCCGAGCUGUUUUGGUGGAGAAACAGGGGUAGGCGAAUAGACGGCUAACAUCGUGCUAGCACUCUCUAGCACCCUUCGAAAGCAGAUUUAACCUGAGCUCACUCCAAGGAAGCACAUUUUUCCUUCUUUUCAACGUCCCGCUACAUGCUGCCCAUUACUGCUGUGGAGUUUGAGCAAAAGGUCAGAAUUUACUCGACUCACAAAAAUUUGGGGAUAUCGUGCUCUCAGGGUGAGCCUAAAAUAGCUGUAACCUUUGCAAGUGAAUGUAAUUUAACCUUCUCAAAACGUUUGCGUGUGCGUUUAAGUUUUAGUACUAUUUGUGCAACCAGUUAUUGUCUGGGUCGAGUAAAAUUGAAAUUUGAAGAGCCUCCAUCGUCCCUGUUCAUAUUUUGAUGUCAUGAGAUCAAGAUGACACCCUAACAAACAGGAUGAGCUCAGAGGCAAGUAAGUGGCCAGCUAGCUGAAGAGCGACAUUAGCAGGAAUUGCAGAUAUGCGUGAAAGUCAAUGUCUUUAGAAAGAAAUGUUGUCGUGAAAUUUCACCCUAAAGUUCAUUCUACCUAACUUUUGGAGAGUUGUGUAAGUUUGUCACUAAAAUUUGAAGAGGACGUUGCAAACUUGAGUCACCCCCCUGUGAGGCUGCUAGCUAGCUCCUCCGGGACUCAACAAACCAGAUUCAUGCUUAAUUAGCCAACAUGAGAUGAGCUGGAGAAGUUUUUUUUUUUUUUUUUUUUCAUUUCAAGGCCGCUGCUUCAGCCUGUUUCCGAUGAGUGAAAACUGUGCAAACUGACCGUGUACUUUUUUUUUCUUGCUCUGUCUAAAUGUGGGUCUGCGAUUGCAGAGUAGUUUUAUCUCUACCAUCGAGUCAUCAAGAAAAAUCUCGCUUGUCCUUCACAUUUCUUUCCUUUGUUCUUUUAUCAGCGAGCUACACGCCGUCGCUCCCGUGGCCUUUUGAACGACGACAAGCUGAUAAAAAGAGCCACUUUUGCCUCAAGCACGUACUUUAUCGAUCAAGCAGUGAUCAGUGAAUUGUGAUGGGUUUUUUUUGUUUGUUUUGUUUGAUUAAUUGUUUUCACUCAGUAUGUUUACAGCUCGCUUUAGUCCGGCUGAACGCUUUGGUAUCUAAUCGAAGGAGGAUUUGGGGCCACAGGGAAGAAAAAAAAUACAUCUGAGACAUUCAAUAUGGCAGAGGUGGUGAUCUGGUGGGAAGAGAAUGUCUUUAUUUCAGUCACUUUUUCAUUUUUAAGCUGUCCAUGAAAAACUAACAACAUGUAUGUUGAUUGUUCAAAACACUUCAGGUGGAUCAGCGAACAUAUCAAAUUCCAAACAAUGUACUUCUUACGUAGUAAACCCGUUAUUCACAAUUUGUGAGUAGAACACCACAAAAUCAUGAAAUGGUUGAGUUUUCCACAAAAAAAUGUCCCCCCCCCCCAAAAAAAAAAACAACAAAAUGGCGAAAUUGGCAAGUUUGCGACUGCCAAAUCACGAAUCUUAAUUUUUCACAAGACAAAAUGAAUUUUUUCUCAGAACUCUUUGUUACUAUUCUGUAGUCACGGCCCAAUGGAGACUCGCUUUCAAUCGCGGGUGCGUUCAGGUCUGUACAUCUAGGAAUCCAAUUUCCGUUGGACUAACCUCCAAAACCGCUUUGUAAACAUACUGAGUGACCAAGUGUUGCAAUUCGGUGUUAUGGAUGUUUUUUCCUCAUGGACUUUUAGGGCCAGGAUAGCAAGUGUUGUGAGAUAGAUCGAGUACGGCGGGACGACAUCCGCCCCCUCCCGUCGAAGCUUUUUGUGUAUUCUCUUGUGGUGACCAUCCCAAGACAUUCUGGCACAGGUUGUGAUCAUUUGCAGGCUCGAUGGCGUUCACGGUGAGCUCUUUCUUUUCACGGGUGAACUCAUGGACCACUUUAUAUUUCUGUUGUUUCCCCCCCUCCUCAAGCAAAGCAAACGUUGGCUUCUUCUGACCAUGUACUCAUGUUACAGAAUAUAAAAAUGUGAUAUAACAGCUGCGGUAUAUUAAGAUACUGGUACUCCAUGAUAGCUCUUUGUAUUAAUGUGACUCUCUCUUUCUCUCUCUCUUUAAGAAAAUGUCUUCAAAACAAUCAGAUGAGUUCCUUUUUUCCCCUCAUUUUGUCCUGUGUUAUAAAGAUGUCUGAAUUUGACAAAAAAAAAAUCAUCAUGUCUGCAUCCAAAUGUUUUACACACACAUUAAUUAAGGGAUGUUCUUGAAUGUGUCAUAAAAGGAAAAAAAAAGGUUUUUAAGAUGUAUAGAUGCAGAGAAAUAAAAGUCCCUUUGCGG